UCUACUAGCGCGGAGAUGUACAAGCUUUACGAUUUUUACAAGGAACAACCACUCAUCAUGGGUACUAUCAGUGAAAUCGACACAAUGUUUAGUAUGGAAGAAGAAGUCAGUUCAAGAAUAAACAAUAAGUUGGAGGGACGGACGAUCAUCAAAAAUGGGAUUCCACCGGAAACGGACUUGUAUAUGAACGGCGGAAGUCCGGGUCUCGAGAUUCGUAGACUCGAUGAAGAGUACAGACGACGGGCUUCACAAGUAUCGUAUGGUUCUGAUUGUUCGGAGGGGAGAAGAGUGUCUGAAAGCCUUGAAGACGAGGCUGACUUUGGAAUAUUGUUUGACGUUGACGGCGUUUUAGCACGAGGUUCGACUCCCUUGAGUGCUGCCCAGCAAGCCAUUCGGCUGUUAGAGGACGAAGAAGGUCAUCUGAAGGUUCCGGUUGCGUUCGUGACAAACGCUUGCAACAGGAGUAACGACAAGGCGGCACAGAUACAAAAAUGGCUCAACAUUCAGGUUACGCCAGACCAGGUCAUACAUGCUCCGACGCCGGCAAGACUGUUGACAGAAUUUCAUGACAAACAUGUUCUAGUUGUUGGACAAGAACACCGAGCUGAAAUCGCCAAAGAUAUUGGAUUUACAAAUGUGUGCACUAUAGAGGACGUCCAGCUUGCGUAUCCCCUGUUGGACAUGGUGGAUCAUGAGCACAGAAACGCUGUGGCAACCGGAAGUCACCCUGACGACACUUCUUUCCCGCCAGUUGAAGCUGUUCUCCUCAUUGGUGAACCAACACACUGGGAGGGACAUCUCCAGCUAUUGGUUGACCUGUUACUAACCGAGGGUGUUCCGAACUCAAGCCACACCCCUAAAACCGUUCUGAAUGUGAAACAAUUGCCUGUGAUUGCGUGCAAUAUGGAUCUUGUGUUCAUGCAUCAGGCCUGUAUGCCACGAUUUGGUCAUGGUGCUUUCUUGGUGUGCUUGGAGGCAUUGUAUAAGAAAAUCACUGGAAAAGAUUUGGAAUACCGUGCAUUGAUUGGCAAACCUUGCGAAAUUACAUACAGAUAUGCAGAACACGUGAUCGGCGAUGUUGCUAGAAGACUUGGCAUCACUCGACCAAUCAGAAAACUCUACUUUGUUGGAGAUAACCCUAACGUUGAUAUUGUCGGCGCCAACUUGUACGACAGAUACCUGAAAAGAGCGCAACAGAAUCGUGACAACGGCAACAUGUGCGAGGACGACCACAGCGACCAUUUGCCAAUCAGUAGGUCCAUUCCGAAAGGCGUAAACCUGUACCAGCAGACGGUUAGGUCAAUGGAAAGUCUUCUCGUCGGCACCGGAGUAUAUAAACACGAAGAAACAAACGCGCCCGGAAGUCCGAGUGAUGACGUGUACCAUGGGCAUAGAGACAUUAUGCAUGAACCAGAAUUGGCAAAACCAUCAAGAUUUGUGCCAGAUGUUUGUCAUGGAAUUGAACAUAUUCUCAGACAGGAGAAUUUCAAUCCAUGCGUAUUAAGCUCGUGAAAAAACGUGCUAAACAGGAAAUGACUGAACUAAACAUUCAGGAAGAAUGCACAGCAGUGCCGGUCGCUUAACCAAGGCGAUCGCGUAAUCAGUGCAGGAUUGCGGUCACCGCAUAGAGACUGCUAGACAUUCACAUGGUAUCUUGCCAGGAGCAGAGAACCGCCGCAUAAGACAUUUUUACAUCAGGCAUUCGAAGUGAUCUCAGUUUGUAACAUAGCCAGUCGUUGCAUUUACGCUAAACAUUGCAAACAUUACUUGCUCUUUGAGCACAUUUAUAAUAUAUUCAUGUUUUGCUACAUUGUUUUCAGUUCUAACAAGACAUGUACGGGUGUGCAAGGAGUUGCUAUCAAACAUCUAUAUGUAUGAAGUUCACAUGUAUAUGAAGUGUGGUUCUUCUAUGAAUGAAUGAUACCCGGGAAAUAUUUUUGUCUUAGGUUCCCCUAGCGGGGCCUCCUAGUCUGAAACAAGAUCUCAUGGUAGAAGUACGCCAUCCACAUUCCAUUUUUAUCAUUUAUAAACAUUUAUGAACAUUUAUGACAUGUUAUUGAAUUUAUUUCUGUGAUAUAAAAUGAUCAUCAUUUUAUAUAAAAUAUAUUACUGCAUUUAUAUUUGAUAUUAUUUGAAUAAACAACAAAAUUAA